UUCUGCGCGUCCUUGUUCAUUUGAUAUCUCAAAGAAAUACUCUUAAUUAGAAGAGUCUAAAUAACCGAGUGUAUCUUUGGAAACUAAAAAUGGAUGGAAAAGUUUCCAAGUCGAAUAAGUUAACUGCUUCAACGAUAGUCGCCAUUGUUUCGUUAGUCGCUCUCUUGCUGUGCUGUGGUGAGUUUAUACGAAUCGAGAUGAUUCUGAAGCAACAAAACACGAAAAUACAACAGUUGGAGAACAAGAUGACAUUUCAAGCAGUCAAUGUCGACAACAUGGCUGCAAACAAAGGAAAUAACCUCGAACGACUCGCUUUGGACGUUAAGAAAUGUUGUGGAAGGACCAAGAAACGAAUACAAAGGAGUGUUGACGGGAAAGACUCACUAUUGCAGGAAGAAACUAACGAUACGAAAAGUGUUAAACUGACCAAACUGAUCGAGCAGCAAGUGAGCAAAGCUAUCUCUGCUAAGAACUUUAUCGCUAUACGAGGGAGAAGAGGCAGAAGAGGACCCAGAGGACCACCAGGACCCAUGGGUAAGCCAGGUAGAACAGGCAAGCAAGGAGUACCGGGACUGAAAGGUGAUCCAGGACAAAAUGGAGUUCCCGGUCCUCGAGGCAUGCCGGGACCGAAAGGGGACCGCGGUCCUUCGUUAGAACAUCCAUCAGUUGUCAUCUCUCCCCCUCAUUUGAUCGUCAAUGAAAGCAAGUCUGCUAUCCUGAAUUGUUCUGCUAAAGGAUAUCCAAGACCAUCCAUUGUGUGGUCUAGAGUCAAUGGUUUGAURCCCACGAAUGCAUUCAUAUUGAAUAAUACUGACCUUGGGAUCCAAGAGGUUACACCUCUUGAGUCAGGUAUAUAUCAAUGCCAGGCUUCUAAUAUUCUUGGUAAAGUACAGAAGACAGCAAGAAUUGAAAUAAACUUUAGUCCUAGAGUUAAUCUAAACAGAGGACCUGUGCGUGCCAAGCAUGGGAAUAAUAUAACCCUUCCAAAGUGUCACGUGACAGGACACCCCGAACCUAAAGUCACGUGGUAUAAGGCUGUUGGUUUGUUAUCAAAAACACGAACCGUUAUCAAAGACGACAAGCUAUCGAUAUCAAACUCAGCCAUAAAUGAUUCUGGUACAUAUUUGUGUAGAGCAGAAAACCUACUUGGAUCAGCCGUUGCAGGGACAAUGAUAGUCGUAAUACCAAUACCAUUAUUUGUGAUCAAACCACCUGUAGAUUUAGAAGCCUUCUUUGGAACCAAUACUGUAUUAAAUUGUUCUGCUAAAGGAGUUCCUGAACCUCUGAUAAAAUGGAAGAAAGAAAACGGCCAUCUUCCAGCUGGACGACAUGAAGUGAAAGAUGGGUCUCUUGUUAUUAAAAAUGUUGCCAAAUCCGAUUCUGGUGUCUACGUGUGUACCGCUACGAGUGGUGGAGUUGCUGACACGGAAGCUAAAACACGAAUAAACAUUGUCUACAGCGAUUGUGAAGAUGUCUACAAAUCAGGCGAAAGACGUAGCGGUGUGUACACAGUAAAACCCGACAGUCAAGGACCCUUUCAAGUGUACUGUGACAUGACCACUGACGGAGGGGGGUGGACAGUGUUCCAGAGAAGAAAAGAUGGAUCUGUUGAUUUUUAUCUUGGAUGGCAGCAGUACAAAACAGGUUUUGGAAACCUGAAUGGCGAGUUCUGGUUGGGUAAUGACUACAUCCAUCGCCUGACAAAAGGUAGAGCCUCGACUCUACGUAUAGAACUGAGACACCGGGAUGGAACGAUUGCRUAUGCCAAAUAUGGUAGUUUUAGUGUUGGUUCYGCAUCAGACAAGUACAGACUGAAGGUUGCCUCGUAUUCGGGUACUGCGGGAGACUCACUAAMAUACCAUAAUAACAUGCCUUUCAGCACAAAAGAACAGGACAACGAUCCUAGCAGUUAUUAUAACUGCGCUUURUUUACYACUGGGGCGUGGUGGCAUAAUAAUUGUUUUCGUUCAGGUUUAAAUGCUCAAUAUUUACCUAACUCAGCGACCAAACAAGGUAUUAGUUGGUUAACGUUGAAAAACCAUUUCGGAGCUCUCAGGUACUCGGAAAUGAAACUGCGUGCUAAAUAAAAAACACUGUGACAUUCAAAAGAGAAGUUGRCUUAGUGUAAGAUAAAUAAGGUUAAACAUAUAAAUUAGCAGCUUCUAUGCUAUAAAAGAUUGACAAYAUAUAUCUACGUAACUAUAUAUCUAUUAUAUUUCUUUGCUUGUGUUUAUCAUUUUUUAUCAAAUAUCAAACUUCUACAUUUCCUCUUCAAGAACGAGUUUUGAAGCUGU